CCGGCGCGGCGCCGUGGCACAAUGGCCUUAGCGGCCGGCUGAGCGCGAGCUCCACCCCGUUUGCCGCGCCGCGGGCCGCCCAACUCAUCGAGCCCUCGCCCGCACCGCGCGCCGGCGUCGGGCCAUGUACUCGGGGAACCGCAGCGGCGACCAGGGCUACUGGGAGGACGGGGCGGGCGCCGAGGGCGCAGCGCCGGCGGGCACGCGGAGCCCCGCGCCGCUCUUCAGCCCCACGGCGUACGAGCGCCUGGCACUAGUGCUUGGCGGCCUCGCGCUGCUGGGCGUCGGCGGCAACCUGCUAGUGCUGCUGCUCUACACCAAGUUCCCGCGGCUGCGCACGCCCACCCACCUCUUCCUGGUCAACCUCAGCCUGGGCGACCUGCUGGUGUCCCUGUUUGGAGUCACCUUCACCUUCGCGUCGUGCCUGCGGAACGGCUGGGUGUGGGACGCUGUGGGCUGCGCGUGGGACGGGUUUAGCGGCAGCCUCUUCGGGUUUGUUUCUAUUACCACCCUCACUGUGCUGGCCUAUGAACGUUAUAUCCGUGUGGUGCAUUCCAGAGUGAUCAAUUUUUCCUGGGCCUGGAGGGCCAUUACCUAUAUCUGGCUCUAUUCCUUGGCAUGGGCAGGAGCACCUCUUCUGGGCUGGAACAGAUACAUCCUAGACAUACAUGGACUGGGCUGUACAGUGGACUGGAAAUCCAAGGAUGCCAAUGACUCCUCCUUUGUGCUCUUCUUGUUUCUUGGCUGUUUUGUGGUGCCCCUGGGCAUCAUAACCCACUGCUACGGUCAUAUUCUGUAUUCUGUUCGAAUGCUACGCUGUGUUGAAGAUCUUCAGACAAUUCAAGUGAUCAAGAUUUUAAGAUAUGAAAAGAAAGUGGCCAAAAUGUGCUUUUCGAUGGUCUUUGUCUUUCUCACCUGCUGGAUGCCUUAUAUUGUGACCCGCUUCUUGGUGGUUAAUGGCUAUGGACACCUGGUCACUCCAACAGUGUCUAUUGUUUCUUAUCUCUUUGCUAAAUCGAGCACUGUGUACAAUCCAGUUAUCUAUAUCUUCAUGAUCAGAAAGUUUCGUAGGUCCCUUCUCCAGCUCCUAUGCUUCCGACUACUCAGAUGCCAGCGGCCUGCUAAAAGCCUGCCAGCAGCUGAGAGUGAGAUGCAGAUCAGGCCCAUCGUGAUGUCACAGAAAGAUGGGGACAGGCCAAAGAAAAAAGUGACCUUUAACUCCUCUUCCAUCAUUUUUAUCAUCACCAGUGAUGAGUCUCUGUCUGUUGAUGACAGUGGCAGAACCAAUGCAUCCAAGGCCAAUGUAAUCCAAGUUCGUCCUUUGUAAGAACAGGAGACGGAAUCUUG